AUGGUGUUAUUAAAGGCUUGUUCGGUGAAGAAAGCAACGUAUUUUGACGAAAUUUGUAAAAGUGACUACCGAUUUAAGCGCACCACAUGCGCCCACUCCACAGACGGCCUUGGUGGUGCAUCUCACAUACAACACAAGUCGGCGGUCGCAAUGUCCAAACUCAUCCCCACACCCUUAACAAGUGAAUGGCACUUAGCUGUGCAAGCUCAACUUGCCCGUCUGCAAGCAAGAGUAUAUGCGUUACUACAACUUCAAUAG